GACAUAACUUGACAUUGACAAGUUAUUUCGUCUGUGCUUGAUCUUGGCCCUAUAAAUAUUAUUUUCUUUUCUCAAAUUUAAAACUAAUUACUAUUAUGUAGUAAAAUAUGCAGUUACUUGAUUUUUAAAGUAAAACCAACUGAUCAAGGUCCAACACAAUAGAUACUAAAUGCAUAAUCUAACCUAUAGCAAUGGCUUCUCCACAAAAUGUGACAGUUGAUCAGAUACGCAAAAUUCUGACAGAGGUUCUAGAGGCCUUAGAGUCCGUCGACUAUGCUCCGAAGCUAGAUGAGGCGAAAGAAGCAGCCGGCAAUGAGAUGUUGAAAAUGAUGCAGAUUGUUUUCCCCAUGGUGGUCCAGAUUGAGAUGGAAACUAUUAAACGGCAUGGUUUUACCAAUUCUAGAGAAGGAAUAGUACAGUUCACUCAGCUUGUACGGGAAAUGGAGAGUGACAGCGAAGUAGCACGGCUCCACUCAAGGAUUCGAAGCCACUACCUGCCUCCUGUGUCUAUCAGCUCUAAUGUAGACACCUCACUUUAAGUUUUGGAGUCCUGUAUGUGAGUCGUCACCAUCAGAGAUGGGAGCGGCAGACAAGAUCAAAGGCAUAUUAACCAUCUUGACUAGCAAACCCCACAUUGUAUUCCAAAUAAUACAGUAUUAUUAAUAAUUAUUUUAUCAAUUAA